GGGGUCAGCUGGGCCUGGCCGACAGCAGUGGCAUUGGAGCGAUCAGCUACCAGUUUACAGUCUCUGACAUAUCACCGCGCCUCGUCUCCGCAAUGGGAGGAUCCACCGUGCGGAUCACGGGUCAGGGGCUAGCCGCCGACUGCCAGAGACUGGACAUCACGGCCGGGGACGCCUUCGUCUGCGAGCCGGUCACCUGUACCGACACGGAGAUCAUGUGCCUCGUCAACAGACGCCGGCGCCGCCACGUGAUUCGCAACAAUGCAACACACCCGCGUUACGGCCCUGGCUACCUGUGGCAGCCGCAGCACCUGACCGUGUGGCCCGGUGACCUGGUCACCUGGCGCUGGGCGCCGGGCCAGGUCAGCUCCGACCAGGUGGGCUUCUCGGUGCACCAGACGGCCGACCAGCACUCGGACGCGUACGACGGAGCCGGCUUCAACAGCGGCGACAAGACGCCGCAAGGAUCAUUCACCACCAUGCUGGAGGACAUCGGCACCGUCUUCUACUCUGGCGAGUCGGUCGGAACCAACGCAGUGCGCAUGCGCGGGGUCAUCCACGUGGUGGCGCCGCCGGCUGGCAGCGGUGUCCUGUCCGUCCGGGUGGGCUCCGUUGAGGCGGAGUCGACACCAACCGACGGGGAUACGCCGGCGUUCGUCCCCUCCGAGGUGUGCUCCGAGGACCCGGCGCCGGCCGCCUGCCCGGCGUCGCCGGCGCCUCUUGUGCUCACGGCGGCAGACUGCGUCACCGCCCGGGUCACCGGGGUCAGCGUCGCCUCUGGCGACGACAGUGCUGGACACAUGGUGGAAGCCGGCUCCGAGCUAACCAUCUCUGGAGCCGGCUUCUCCGAGACCGCCUGCCACAACCGGGUCACGCUGGGCUCCGGCGCCUGCCAGGUCACCUCGGCGGGCGCGGCAGUGAUCGACGUGGCCGCCGGUCUGAAGUACUUCAGCUCCGAGCCGGUGGUGUCCGGCCUCUCGCCGACCAGCGGCUCCCCGAACGGCGGCACGCUGCUCACGCUGACCGGCUCCAGCCUGCUGCCGGCGUCAACAGAUGGCAGCACAGCUGUCCUGGUUGGAGGUCAGGCGUGCCAGGUGCAGACGAACACCCUGUCCACGCUCACCUGCUUGACCCCGGCUUCGGCGGCCGGCCAGGCAGGCCCGAUGCCUGUCAAGCUCGUCUGGGAUGAGGAUGGCGUGGUCAGGACACUGGGGAAUAUGACCUUCACCUACGACAUCAGCAAGUCUCCAACACUGACUUCGGCCCAGGUGGCGACGAACGCGCAGAGGACGCUGACCAUCUCAGGGACGAACCUGGGCAGCAACGCCUCCGACAUCGUCAUCCGGCUGACACCGGUCUCGAGCGCCGCCCGUCGGCGUCGGCACGUCGACCCGCCGCGCGACACCGAAGUCAUCGACCCCGACGACGUCACCGAGGCAGAGUCGCCUGCCGAGGGCGGCGCGCAAGAGGACGCGGCCUUCUGGAGUCGCUUCUGCGACGGCCGCUGCGCCAACUUCGACGAGUUCCCGAGCUGGACUACCUGGAGCUGA